AUGGUCACUUUGUCCGAGCACCAGCGGAGCUCUGUCGAGAGGAGAACCUUCCAGAAGGACAACCAUCUCUGCAGCAAUCCACAAAAGAGAGCUGCAGCGUCGAGGGAUUGUGGAAAGCACCGCACAGGGGCUAAUGCCGAACUGAUCACCACUGAAAUAGAGCCACUGCACGGCCUAUCCCAGAGGAGCAGCAUGCCCCCCAGUCCCCCCUCUCCUGCAAGCCCUGCUGGUGACAGCAGGGUGGAGCUGGGACAGAAGGUGACCCUGCUGAGGGGCAUCUCUAUCAUCAUCGGGACCAUCAUCGGAGCAGGCAUCUUCAUCUCGCCCCGGGGCAUCGUGGUGCACACGGGAAGCAUUGGGGUUAGCCUUCUGGUGUGGGUCGCCUGUGGAGUACUCUCCCUGUUCGGGGCCCUGUGCUAUGCCGAGCUAGGCACAUGUAUAAAGAAGUCCGGGGGCCACUACACGUACAUCCUGGCUGCCUUUGGCCCUCAGUUGGCCUUCAUCCGUCUGUGGGUGGAGCUGGUGGCCCUCAGACCUGCAGCCAUGGCGGUGAUCUCUCUGGCCUUUGGACGGUACAUACUGGAGCCGCUGUUCAUGCCCUGUGCUGUUCCUCCGCUGGCUGUGAAGCUGGCCACCACCAUUGGUAUCACUGCCGUCAUGUAUCUGAAUGCCAUGAGCGUCACAUGGUCGGCCAGAGUGCAGAUCUUCCUGACCGCUAGCAAGCUCUUGGCCAUGGGCAUCAUCAUUAUCCCGGGCCUCUACCGCCUCCUCGCAGGAGACACCAGGAACUUUGAGAAUGCCUUUGAUACCAGCCACACGCAGCUGUCUGGGAUGCCGCUGGCCUUCUACUCUGGGAUGUACGCCUACGCCGGCUGGUUCUACCUGAACUUUGUGACAGAGGAGAUCGAGAAUCCGGAGCGAACUCUUCCUCUGUCCAUCUGCAUCUCCAUGGCUGUGGUUACCUGCUGCUACGUGCUGACUAACGUGGCCUACUUCAGUGUGAUGUCUGUCGAUGAGUUGCUGGCCUCUGAAGCUGUGGCUGUGACAUUUGCCGAGCGGGUGUAUGGGAGCUUAUCUGUGGUCGUGCCUGUGUUUGUGGCCCUCUCCUGCUUCGGCUCCAUGAAUGGCUCGCUCUUCGCCCUGGCCAGGAUGUUCUACGUGGCGUCCCGGGAGCAACAGUUGCCCAGAGUUCUGUCCAUGAUCCACGUGCGCAGACACACGCCGCUGCCCGCUGUCUUUGUGCUGUACCCCAUGACCGUCCUGCAGCUCUUUGUGGGGGACAUCUACAGUCUACUGAAUUUCAUGAGUUUCAUUCGCUGGCUCUUCAUCGCGGUUGUGGUGCUGGGUCUGCUGUACAUGCGCUACACCCAACCCGAGCUGCCCCGGCCCUUCAAGGUGAGCCUCUCCACCACCCAGCCCGUACUGCCCCGGCCCUUCAGAAUUUUACUUAUAAAGCACAGUUAG